UAUAUAAAAUUACGUUGGCUUAACAUUUCAAUUUGGUCACAGUGUAAACUAUAAAGUUAGUUUGGCGAUGGGAUGAUCAAUGUUGAUGUGUUUUAUAUGUUUAUGUAAUAUGUUGAAGACUUUGGUAUGUUUUGGUGCGGAAGGGUUUGACAAAUUGAGAUUUCGUUUGUGAAAAGUGUUCUCGGCCUGGGAGGAGAAUUGUAAUUUCAUUAAAUCAGAACAAGUUUUGAUUUUUAUCUUUAUGACCACGUCGUCCGUUGGGUUUGUUUAUUGUCGUUUUUAAGAGGCGGCCUGUUUUUAUUUUUUAAAAUUUUUGAUGUCUGAGAACGACGACUGGGAGCUGGCGUGUUCCGACGAAGAGAAAUACGAAGUGAAACUCCACGGGCGGAAGUGGCAGCCGCCGGUCGAGAGGAUCGUCGAGCUGUUCGAGAAGUUGUCCGGCUCGGACGAAGGCCUCCUGCCGAUCUCGUGGACGUGCCCGGGCCGCCGGCCGCCGACCCCCGAGGCCAAGGAGGAAGACGCGGGCCAGGACGAGGAGGAAGAAGGCGACAAACCACAGGAAAAGGACACCUACCUCGACUUCGAGGAUGAAAACGCGAAACUCUGCCUCCGGCCGGCGGGCGACGUCGGACCCAGGGGAAGCGCCAAGAAGAAGACCACCAGCCUCGACGCCAUCCUCUCCAACAUGGCAAGGCACAGGAGGAUGGACAUGAUGGACGAAGACCCAGAUCCAUAAACCAGAAAUUUAUUUUUGUACUAAACAUUUUGUAAAUAUAUUUUAUUUUAUGCAUUUAA